AUGCCGCCGCGUGCCUCCAAGGCUGCUGCCGACGCUGCUGGCGAGGGCCAGCCCGGUGCCUCUGCCAACAACAUCAACGGCGUCAUUCCGACCGCCUCCGAGGUGAAGUUCAUCUUCGCCUUCAUCGGCAACCUCAAGUCCAAGCCCGAUGUCAACUGGGAGGAAUUGGCCGCCACCAUGGGCUUGGCCGGCAAGAAGAGCGCCUACGAGCGCUGGCGCCUAAUGCGCAUUAAAUUCGGCAUCACCCUCAGCGAGGAGGGCGAGGCAGCCGCCCCCGGCAGCGCGCGCAAGGGCAAGAAGACCGCCGCCGCCAAGGCCGCCAAGAACGACAAUGACGACGACAACGACGACGAGACCGGCGACGGCAACGGCGCCGAGCCCAAGUCCGCCCCCGCCACCCCGGCCAAGCGCGGCCGCAAGCCUGCCUCCGCCGCCGGCACCCCCGCUUCCGCCGCCGGCAAGAAGCGCGCUGCUGCCGCUGCUGCCGCUGCCGCCAUUGCUGCUGAUGCUGGUGGUGGUUCCUCGCCUGCUGACGACGAGGACAUGGGUUCCCCGACCAAGAAGGUCAAGGGCAAGGCUGCUGCUGCUGUCGAGGAGGACUCCCCGCUGUCUUCGGUCCCUGGCAUGACGGCUGACGAGGACUCGGGCAAUGAGAUGGCGGUGUAG